GUUUAUAAUUCAUUGCUUACAUGCAGGUCAUAUAUGACAAUAUGACGAUUCGCGACAUAAGAUCGACGAUAUUCUCUUCAUAAUCGACAUAAUACCAUUCGUUGCUUGAAGUAUAUUGGCUAUAUUUCUCUUUAAUGGUGUAGGGUAUGUAUAGAUUUAUCAGCGUUGUCGUGACAAAGAUAGUUAUUAUCAAGGUGGUUUCACGAUCGAAUAAAUUAUCAUGUCGCAGGGUAAACACGUUUGGAGCAAUUUAACUGGAGUAGUAGUGAAGUUGAGAAAGAAAGCUAGAGGUGGUUUUGGCUUUAUAAAUGUUGACACCGAUUUUGGCAAUUUCAAAGUGUUUUUCCGUAUCUCAGAUAUCUCUGACCCGUCCGUUCAAGUUGGCGAUGAGGUGAUAUUUGAACUGUAUAAAGGACCAAAGGGACUCUUUGCAAAAUCUGUCGAGCUUUUACUUCCGGAUGAAGAUGAUGAGUCAGUCGAGUCCGAGUCUGAGUCUGAAAAGGGACCUAUUCAUGAAGAAGUUACCGGAGUAGUGAAGCAGUACAAUGACAAACGUCGUUUUGGCUUUAUCCGAGUGAAUGACACUUACAACAAAGUGUUCUUUCAUAUUUCAGCUGUUCCAGAGAAAUACAUUGAGGUCGGAGAUGAGGUGAGGUUUGAUUUGUUUGUAGGACCUAAAGGGUACUAUGCAGAAUCUAUUGGGUUUCUGAAUUUGGAUAGUGAAGAUUCUGACUCUGAACCUGAUGAAGCUGUGAACAAGGAGACGCUCCUGGUUUGCUGUGCAACUGGCGUUGUGACGCGAUAUCUAAACAGACGUCGAUUCGGGUUUAUAAAGGUGGAUGAAACCUACAGCAAAGUAUUCUUUCAUAUCUCUGAAGUAUCGUUCAAGCCAGUUGCAGUUCAAGAUCAAGUGGUAUUCAAUUUGUACGUAGGACCCAAGGGAUACUUCGCAAAAUGCAUCAAUUUUGUCAGUCCAGUUGUAGAAGACAAUGAGUGGAAUGAAACGCACUUUGGUCGAACCUCGGGGUCCCAUGGCGCCAAAGAUGGCAGCAAUCCUGCACAAGCACCACACACACAGAAGUCUCCCGGAGGACAUACGGCGCAUGAUCAACCACGUCAUGGUCCCGAUCAGACAUCAAACCAGGACACAUCGAAAAUGUCAAGAGAAAAGGGUAACACUUUUUUCAAGUUAGCUUGUGAUCAGGGAAGCGACAUGGCCAAAUUAGUUCGCUUCAAGAGUGCUCUGGAGUGUUACAAGAAAGCUUACGCCAGUUCUCAAACGUAUGGUGAAUAUGUUUCAGCGGCAAAGAACAUUGGAACUGUUUCUUGGAAGCUAGCUAAACUGAAGAUGAAUGCAUGUUCUGAUGAGCGAAAGGUGAUACAUGCGCACUUUAAAGCGGCUCUGCAGCACUUCGGUACCGCUUACACGAAAAGGAACUGCAUGGUCGAAGAAUGGGGUAAACAUCUUGAGAAGUCUAUCAAGGAAUGUCUAGAUGACAUCAGAACAUGGAUUGCCCCAAGAAAUGACGAAGAUCGGGUAGUUGCCCUCAAGGAGUACGUAGGUUACAUGCCUGAAUGUGACGCUAAGGUCAGCUGCUAUCUUCGCAUCGCAAAUAUGUAUUUCAGAAAAGGAAAAGAUGCUCUGCAGCACCAAGAAUACAAGAGCUGCCAAGAAUACAUGGAUGAAUGUAGUACAACCCUGAAUGAAGCAAAGAAAAGAUGUACAGGUGCGGUUUCAAGCUUCAAAGUAAACGUCACUGACCUGGAGAAAGACGUCCAGUACCAAAAAGAUGUCGUCCAGAAAUGUUUAUCGAAGGCCAAAGAUGAACAGGCGCGUCGAGAACAAGAAAAAAGGGAAGCUAAGGAGAAAGAGACUGCAAAGGAACAACUAAAAGGCGUUCUAAAGAAAUUGGAAAGUCUCAGAGAGUUACCCGUUGACGAGUUCGUCGAACGAGUAUACAAGCAGUGGCCUCCUAAAUGGAUUGAUGAGUCGAAGAUACCUAAGGCAUCGUCGUCGUCGUCGUCGUCGUCGUCGAAGGUUUCAAAGAGGAAGCUACUGAUUCGUGCCAUCAGCCAUUAUCACCCAGACAAGGUGGAUAAGAGUGUUUAUGGUGUAAAAUGGCAUGUUUUGUCCGUCGAGAUUACAAAAUGUCUCACACUUCUACUAGCUGAAUUUAAUACUUAAAUAAGUGCAGAUUAUCCUCACGUGCCAGCUUCUUCAUUAAAGCAAUACAGUACUAGAAGCGCUAUUGUAAAAAAAAAAAAAAAAAAAAAAAAAAAAAUCUAGCGCUUUUUCAGAUCAGCUGUAGCAGUAUAAUUAUGGUCCCGUAAUUCCCUGCUUCCCUAGCAGCCAGUUGGUUCUCGCAUCGUGUCCUCUGCGAAGUGGUUGUUGGGUAUAUGCAAUGAACAUUAUGCUAGGGCAGAACGUUCAUUAUUCGUUCAGUAUCACUUUAAUUAAUGCUCCGACAUAUACUCCAGCAACAAUAAGGCAGUUUGUAUAGUACAAUUCGGGCAUGGCUAGGUAAAUGUAAUACAUGUACAUGUUUGUACACAAACUGUAAAAUCCAUCGGGGCGAAUGCUUGAUACUGUUCAUGGAAGUUAUGUCAUAUUCAUUUGGAAUGCUCCCAUUAUCGCUACGCUCUAUAACAACGUCGAAAUUUUAAAGAAACCACAGCAUAUCUAUCUUUUUGAAAAAUGUUUUCAUAGAGUAUAAAUUGCAAAUUGGCGGGGAGUGGGAGGUUGGCCUACGGUCUUCAAAUGCGUUAUACAUGUAGAAGAACAUUGAUUAUCAUUAGUAGUAUCAUAAGUGCCUUGGCGGCACAUUCUGUGAUACGCAGGUGGAAGUAUUUUCUUCUAGAAGCAAACAAGAGGUACCAAUGAAGCACCGCCAUCACUUUGGCAGUGAUUCUUCUAAAGUGCACACAAUGGGAUGUAUCCAUCUUUAAAACAUUUGUGGAUAAUUCGGGGUCAGAAAUCAACGACACAGGGAUGUGAUCGCUAUUGGCUUUAAAGACACCACGUCCCUUUUGCAGCCAACCUCAUUUUUUUAGAACUUUGCAGGAAUUAUGAAUAUGUCAUGUAUGUCCUUUCUGUGAAAU